GCAACCCUUGGGAAAGCCUGUCCCAGCACUGUCCUCUUCCAGACUCAGUUCACAAUGUCGGGCAUUGGGGAAAACUUGAAAGCAGCUGGUGAAUUCGGGCCGUUCCAGAGACGGCUGGUGCUGUUCUCUUUGCUUCCGUCCCUCUGCCUGGCCUUCCACCAGUUCUGCCAGCUGUUUAUGGUUGUGGACGUGCCUCAUUACUGCAACACGGACUGGAUCCGUGCUGUCGGUCCCAACCUGACUGAGGAAGAGCAGCUGAACCUCACCCUGCCCCGGGAUGCGGAUGGGGAGUAUGAGCAGUGCACCAUGUACUCACCCGUGGACUGGGACCUCGACUCCAUCAGGGCAUAUGGCCUGAAUGCCACGGAGAAGUGCAGCAGCGGCUGGGUGUACCCCACAGCACAGCAGCCAUCCCUGCUCACCGAGUUUGAUCUCGUGUGUGACAGGAAGAACCUGAAUGACAUCUCACAGUCCAUCUACAUGCUGGGAAUGUUCCUGGGAGCCAUGAUCUUUGGACUCCUCAGUGACAGGUUUGGCCGUCGACCAACCCUCUUGAUCUCCAUCCUCCUUGAAGGCUUGUUUGGUAUAGGAAUUGCCCUUGUGCCUCAUUUCUAUGUAUACUUGGCCUUCAGAUGUGUUGUGGGGGCUUCAGUGUCAGGGAUCAUGAUGACCUUACUGGCCCUAGCUACAGAAUGGGUUGGUGUUUCCUAUCGACCACAGGCAGUUCUUCUUUCUCACUGCUGUUUUGCUGCUGGACAAAUGAUUUUGGCUGGUUUGAGUUACGGUAUCCCCAACUGGAGGUUGCUGCAACUCGUAGGAUCUGCUCCUAUAUUUCUCCUUUUCCUCUUCAUCUGGGUGCUACCAGAAUCAGCUCGCUGGCUGAUGACAAGAGGCAAAAUAGAAGAAGCUAAGAACUACCUUAAGAAGGCAGCAGCCAUCAACAAGCGCACCAUUCCUCCAGAACUGCUCGACCAGCUGAAGUGUGAGGCCCAGACCAAGUCUGGAAGUAUUCUGGAUCUCCUUCGGAAGAAGCACCUGCUGAAGGUGACUUUAGUCAUGGCUUGUGCCUGGUUUGUUAACAGCCUUGUAUACUACGGUUUGAGUCUGAACGUGACUAAUUUUGGUCUGGACAUCUACCUGACACAGCUUGCGUUUGGAGCAGUGGAAAUCCCAGGCCGUGUUGGUUGUAUCUUCAUGCUACACUGGUUUGGGAGGAGGAAACCCCAGGGUGGUUUCCUUCUGCUGAGUGGCCUUGUGUGCCUGAUACUCACUGCCAUCCCUGAAGACCAGCCUGUGGUGAAAACUGUCCUAGCCACCAUUGGCAAGCUUACAGCCUCGGCCUCAUUCUCAUCCGCUUACGUCUAUACUGCAGAGCUCUUCCCCACCAUCAUCAGGCAGAGCGGUGUGGGGCUGUGCUCAAUGAUAGCGCGGGUGGCAGGGAUCAUCGCCCCGCUGAUCCUCCUCCUGGAGCAGUACCACCGAGCCAUCCCCAUGGCCAUCUAUGGUGGUACCACUGUGCUGGGGGGGCUGCUCUGCUUCCUGCUGCCCGAGACCCGUGGUGUUGAACUGGCGGAUGGCACAGAGGGAGGCCAGCCCACAGCAGUGGUCCAUGAAAAUUCCAGCAGCGGCUCAGAAAAAGGACAUGUGAAAGUAAAAGAUGGUGGCCGAGUCAAUGAGGACACGAAGAACACUUACUUCUAGCUGGGCCUACAGGCAGCUGCAAUUAAAGGCCACCUGGUGCUGUGACACUGCUGGGGACAUUCAGGGUCUCCACUGACGGUACCUCUACCACUCAAGCAGCAA